CGCUUUUUACGUCAUUUUCCGGCUUCCCAUUCACUUCGCAGUGAAGAUGGCGUCGGGCAGCGGGACAAAAAACUUGGACUUUCGCCGAAAGUGGGACAAAGAUGAAUAUGAGAAGCUCGCCGAGAAGAGGCUCACGGAAGAGAGAGAAAAGAAGGAUGGAAAACCAGUACAGCCAGUCAAACGGGAGCUUCUCCGGCAUAGGGACUAUAAAGUGGACCUGGAAUCCAAGCUUGGGAAGACAAUUGUCAUUACCAAGACCACGCCACAAUCUGAGAUGGGAGGGUAUUACUGCAAUGUCUGUGAUUGUGUGGUGAAGGACUCCAUCAACUUCCUGGAUCACAUUAAUGGAAAGAAACAUCAGCGAAAUCUGGGCAUGUCUAUGCGUGUGGAACGUUCCACCUUGGAUCAGGUGAAGAAACGUUUUGAAGUCAACAAGAAGAAGAUGGAAGAGAAACAGAAGGAUUAUGAUUUUGAGGAAAGGAUGAAAGAGCUCAGAGAAGAGGAGGAAAAGGCCAAAGCCUACAAGAAAGAGAAACAGAAGGAGAAGAAAAGGAGGGCUGAGGAGGACUUGACAUUUGAGGAGGAUGAUGAGAUGGCAGCUGUGAUGGGCUUCUCUGGCUUUGGUUCCACCAAGAAGAGUUACUGAGGCUUUCUAUGCUUGGCCUUUUGUUAACUGUGUGUGUGGGGGGGUCAUUUUGGGGGGGGGCGGGACUUGGGAAAGUCCUUAAGAGCUGCAAUGGGGGUGGACUAGAGGGUGGGUGUUGGUGGUUUCCCUCUACUUUGGGAGAGAACACAGGAUGCAGAGGUAAUGCUGUGGCAUAUUCCUUCAGCCUCAGCAUAUCACUGGAGUCACAGGGCCUCUGCCUGAGUUCCCAAUAAAGAAAAACCUCUUCUGAGGCUGCUUUCCCAAACCUCCCCCUGCAUCUUUCCCUCUUCAUCUGUCCAAUCUCUUUGAGCAGCUGACAUUUAUCCUGUGUUUUCCAUUUGUUUUAAUUUUGACUCUUGCUUAGCCUGCAGCAGAAGGGUUCUCUGGGUCCCCAGUGUCCAGUUGAUAGCACAUUUUUGACCAGCCCUCUUUCCCCCAAACCUCCUGUGGUUCUCUACUGCCUGUGCAUGCAUGUGUAUUUCUGCCUGGGUCAGUGAUAUGUGCGGGCGUGUGUGCAUGAAUUUGUCACAUAGAGGGAGCCUGAGCUAGAUCCUCAGAGCAUUGUUGCCUUGGGGCCUGAUGUUCUUGGCUCCCUCAGUGCAUGUAACAGGAAAUUAAAUGGGAUGAGUGUUUGGUGUGGUUUUUGUCUGGUGAGUUUUUUAACCUUUGUUUUUCAUACGUAGACUGUUCAGCCUUUCCUGUUUGUUUCAUUUUAUUGAGGAUUACUCUUUUUUUCUUCCUUGUGAGCAGGCUCUUGGAAGAACCUAUUUGAUGCAAAAAAAGAAAAAGAAAAAAAAACUUUAUAUGGGAGCCCUUGGGUCUCAGAGACUGUUCAACAUGUAUAAUAAAUGGCAUUGACUGGGCCUAUUCACAUUUGGUGGGAACAUUCCAUAUUCUUCCCAGUGUAUUGUUUUUUUUUUUUUUUUUUUUUUCCUACACUGAAUAUUUACAUAUAGAGCUGCUGCUUUUUUCUCCCUUCAUUUGAGCCCUGUCACUUUUUUUUUCUAGGUUCCUUCAGCACGAGUUGUAUUUUCCUCUGAUGGGAUGUGUGUCCAGAUGAAUCUAAACACAACUUUUCCUAUAAUUUUAGCCUCCUUUGGUCUGUUUUUGGAACAGCAGAAUUUAGGGUGGAACUUGGUGUUUUCCUUGCUAUCUGCAGUUAGGCUAAGCACAGGGUUAUUCAGUUUUAGCACUGUUGACCUUUUGGGCUGGUUAAUUCUUUGUUGUGGAGGCUCUCUUACGCAUUUCAGGAUGUUUAGCAGUGUCCCUAGCCUCUACUCACUAGAUGCUGGUAGCACCUCCUGCCCGAGUUUGACAAAUAAGGAUGUGUCCCCAGGAGUUGGGGGUGAAAUCCCUCCUGCCAGUCCCAUUGAGAAGCAUUGACAAGCUGUCUCCCUACUUUGGUCUGACUUGAGAAUUAGAAGGCACAGACUGCUUAACUAAAGAAAAAGGUUUGAUAUUCCCUGAAUUGGGUACUGUGCCAGAUCCUAGGGAUAUAGGGGGAAAAUCAGUCUUUUAAACCAACAAUAGUUACACAAACUUCAAGCAGAUGAAUUCUGUAAUUUUAACUGGUUCUAUAUCCUGAAAAGUGGGUUCUGUGUGUGUGAAGAAGGCUGCCAUCAGCAGCCUUGGUGUAAAUAAGCACAAGGUUUAUUUACAUUCUCUGUCGCAUCUGGCCCCUAGAAGCAUCUGAACUACCUUUGGGUCCCUUAAAGUACUAUGCUCUUCCCUUUGGACUUUUGUACAUAACUCCCUUUUUACCAGGCAUAACUUUUGCCUAUUUUAUUUCUGAUGCUCAGUCUUGCCAUUGGGAUCACUGUGAAUGUGUGUCUACUGGCUCAAAGUUUCAUGUAUGGUACUUGUUGGCCAAUUGCAGGCAGAUUAGUGGAUUCUUUCCUUGAUAGGAUUAUGUGCUCUACAGGUCAUUCAAGUAACAGCUCUACUCUAGUAGGCUGGGCCCUUUUGCUCUCCAUUUCAAGGCAGGCUGGAGAAAGCGUCAGCUGAGUUCCUUGCAUUUUUCAUUACUCUUCAGGAAACCGUCUAAUUCAGAUUGUCUUCAAGUGAUUUCUCUCUCUUUGGUACAGUGAAAUCUUAACUAUGGUCACCUGUACUAAAAAGUGAUUUUGAACAACAGGUUCUCUCAAUUCUCUUGGGACUGGCAAGUGGGUUUGAGUCUAAGGGGGUGUGUCUAGGUCAUGGAUAUGUGAAGAGACUCAAGAUGGUGACUUGGGAGGGGGGAAGAAGGAGAUGGAAUGGAAAUUUAGGAGCCCAGAGCAAUCCCAGAUAACUCAGGAAUCUCCGGAAGAGAAACUUCUUUGGUGUUUGUGGUCUUUCUAAAAUCUAUGAAAAUUUUGCAUUCUGAUUGAGGAAUGUGCCUGUUACUCUCCUACAUGUGUUCAUUUAUUCAGUGGUUGCUAAGAUACUGAACAAGUUGUAGGACCUGGUAGUCUUUGCUAGGGUAAGGCAUCAGGGUUCCAACUGUCAUGGAAUUUACAUUCUGGUGGAAUUGCCUUUUACAGUACCUAGGAACAAAAGUUUGGAUGAUUUCAGGCACCCCCAGGGACUCUUGCUGCAUUGCUCUGAUAACCCCCUCCAAAAAUUUAAAUGUGAAGAUUCUUUAAUCAGCAAUUCUACUCUGAAGUGUCUAUCCUAAAAACAUACCUGUGUUUGUGUACAUAUACUUGAAAGUUUACUGCAGCUUUGUUUAUAUAACAGUGAAACAUUUAAAAUAAAACUGGUACAUUUAUUCUUGAA